GCCGUGGUGCAGCUUGGGUAGCAGCUGUCCGCCAUGGCUUCCCGUGCCCUCUGUGUGUGUGUCCGCGCUGCUCUCCGUCCCCUCCCCCGGCGAGCUUUGCCGGCACUGAGCCUUGCUGCAUGUCGGACACGCUCCUCCUUGGCACGGCCAUCUACGGCCGCUCCUAUACUCGUACCGCAGGUUUCCACCUCCUUAUUUCAGUUAUGCCGCCAGUAUGGAGACCUCCCUCCCCUCACGCUGGAGAACAUCGGCGAAAGGGUUUUAUAUGUUUUGAAGUUGUAUGACAAGAUCGACCCUGAAAAGCUCUCAGUCGGCUCUCAUUUUAUGAAAGACCUUGGCUUGGAUAGUUUGGACCAAGUAGAGAUAAUCAUGGCAAUGGAAGACGAGUUUGGCUUUGAAAUUCCAGAUGCAGACGGGGAGAAGCUGAUGACACCGCAGGAGAUCGUAGAUUACAUUGCAGAUAAAAAAGAUGUCUAUGAGUGAAGUACAAAUGUCAGUCUCCUUGUUCACUGAUGCGCUCUUUCUGUUGGUAGCUCGGGUUUGGCGCAUCACAACCGCGCCUGCAUGUCGUGGCACAGCUGCCCCCAGCACUUCUUGCAGGAUCCUGUAUUUAAAACUGUCUGAAUAUGGUGGUCUUUAAUAAAUGUAAAAAGGAAAAAAAGA